UUCUUUUGUACGCAUGCGCAUAAUGAACGUCGCUGCAUGCACCUGGCUGGACUUUGCAAAGCGAAAAGCUGAAGAAUGGCUCUUCGUGUGGCUGUGGUUGGAGGAGGCGGUUCAGGUCUGACCUGUAUCAAGUCCUGUCUGGAUGAGGGUCUGGAGCCUGUCUGCUUCGAGAGCAGCGAUGACAUUGGAGGUCUGUGGAGGUUUAAGGAGAAUCCAGAGCCAGACAGGGCGAGCAUCUACCACUCUGUCAUCAUCAAUUCCUCCAAGGAGAUGAUGUCUUUCAGUGAUUUUCCCGUCCCUGGACACUUCCCAAACUACAUGCACAACUCCCUCGUCAUGGAAUACUUUCGGAUGUACGCUGACCACUUCCGGCUCACCAAGCACAUACACUUCAAUACCAAAGUUUUGCAGAUCAAGCGGAGAUCAGAUUUUUCUCAUUCAGGCCAGUGGGAUGUUGAGACCGAGAACAAGGAGGGCAAAAAGGAGAAACACAUUUUUGAUGCAGUGAUGAUCUGUAUUGGACAUCACUGCCAGCCCAACCUGCCACUGCAUGACUUCCCAGGAAUUGACACUUUUAAGGGAAAGUACUUCCACAGCAGAGACUACAAGACUCCUGAGGAGUGGAGGGAUAAAAAGGUUGUAGUGCUUGGAAUAGGAAACUCUGGAGGAGACAUCGCAGUGGAGCUGAGCAGAUUCACAAAGCAGCUGUAUCUAAGCACUCGGAGGGGAGCCUGGGUCGCAAAUCGAGUGUCAGACAACGGUCUUCCCCGUGAUAUGCUCAAUGACAGGAUGACUCAAUUAAUACGCCGAAACCUUCCCUUCAGACUGAUCUGCAGCAUGGCGGAGAAAAAAGUCAACCAAAGAUUUGAUCACAGUCUGUACAACUUGAAGCCAAAGCACAGGUUGUUCAGCCAACAUCCCACAGUGAAUGAUGAGCUUCCCAACCGCAUCCUGUCUGGAACAGUUCAGGUGAAACCCAACGUCCGCAGGUUUCAGGGCUCCAGCGUGGAGUUUGAUGACGGAAGUGUCGAGGAAGAUGUCGACUUGGUGGUGUUUGCCACAGGUUACAGGUUUUCCUUCCCAUUCCUGGCCUCUCAAGUGGUCUCAGUGUGUGAGAACAAAGCGUCGCUGUACAAGAAUGUGUUUCCUCUGGAGUUGGAGCGCCCCACUCUGGCUAUCAUUGGUCUCGUGCAGCCGCUGGGAUCCACUUUGCCAGUCUCUGAGAUGCAGGCUAGAUGGGCCACACGUGUCUUUAAAGACAUCAUCAAGCUUCCCACAGCGGCCACCAUGCUAAAAGAUGUCCAGUCCAAGCAGGAGGCAAUGGCCAAAAGGUAG